CGUCGUUCAGAGUCAAGUUCUUCACUGAACAAGUACACCACAAAACCGACAAAAACACUUUAAAACAUAAAACAUGUCUUCUCAGUUCACCCAGCAGUACGCUUUCAGGGCACAAAAGGCCCUUGGCCUCGUCGGCGGAUCACCCAACUACACACCAGUGGAGGGUUUCACUUCUCCUGAUACGGCUGCGCGUAUGUUCACCUACUCUCCGGAUGGCCGCCUCUUCGCCUACGCACUCCCUGCUGUUGUCCGUAUCUUCCUGGCGGAGGGGGCCGUUCUCCUUCAUGAACUCACCGUUCCCAAUGCAAUCGAGAUCAGCUUCUCGCCGCGCGGGACCUACCUCUCCACUUGGGAGCGCCCUGUCAAGCUCGAAGACGGGGCGCAGCAUAAAAACCUCCGUGUGCACUCUACCUCCACCGGCGAGCAGCUCACCGCGUUCACUCAAAAAUCUCAGGACGGAUGGGAGCUGCAGUUCACCGUCUCGGAGUCGCAUGCCGUUCGUCUUGUUGGGCAGGAAAUCCAGGUAUUCAAGCCGGCGGAUUGGAGCCAGGCCGUUGUGGACAAGCUCAAGGUUGAGGGGGCUAGUAUGGUCAGCCUUAGCCCAGGGCUGAACCCUUACGUCGCUGUCUUCAUCGCGGAGAAGAAGGGUGCGCCGGCCCGAGUCCUUAUCUACGCUCUGACUUCGCUCUCGACAUCUCCUCCGACGUGUCAGAAGAACUUUUACAAGGCCGACCGAGCGCAGAUCAAGUGGAACGCGCUCGGUACCCAGGUGCUCGUUCUCACCCAGACAGACGUGGACAACUCGAACAUGAGCUACUACGGCGAGACGGGGAUGUACCUCCUCUCCGCGGCGGGCAACUUCGACUGCCGCGUCACCCUCGACAAGGAUGGUCCUAUUCACGAUGUAACAUGGAGCCCGGGAAGCAAGGAGUUCUUGGUCGUGUACGGAUACAUGCCGGCCAAGGCUGUCAUCUUUGACCACCGCGUACGCAAGAUUCACGACUUCGGCUCCGCACCCACCAACUUCGUCGCCUACAACCCGCAGGGGCGCAUCGUGGCCCUAGCCGGGUUCGGCAACCUUGCGGGCAAAAUCACGCUCUACGCGCUCUCGACGUCGCCCAACAGCACACCAUCGACGAUCUGCACGAUCGACGCGCCCAAUACGAGUGUGUGCGAGUGGUCCCCCUGCGGGCGAUUCCUCAUGACCGCAACACUCAGUCCACGGCUGCGCGUCGACAACGGCAUCAAGGUGUGGUACGCGUCCGGAGCGCUGCAAUACGUGCACUUGCAGGAUGAGCUCUACCAGGCCAGCUGGCGGCCGUCCCCUGCGCUUGUGGACGCGCCGUGGUCGUUCCCCGUCCCCGCACCACCUGCACCGCACCCGUCCGUGCUCAGUGCGCCGGGUGGUGCGGUUGCGAGCGGGCCAGUGAAGAAGGUCGGUGCGUACCGCCCGCCAGGCGCGCGCGGGCUCGCGACGCCCACCAUCUAUAAGCGCGAGGACGAGGGAGGCGCUGCGCGCGUACCGACGGGGAGUCCGGCUGGGUCGGGCGCGAACACGCCACAGAGAGGGUACAGCCGGAGCCCGGCUCCGCCGGGGUCGGGUGUGAAUGGCGGUGGGUACGGACACGGGCAGUCCAAUGGGCGGCGGUAUGUUCCCGGUGCGCCACCUAAGGGUCCGUCCGUGAAUGGUGGGCAGCAGGGUCAAGGCCAGGGACAAGGGCAGCGGGGAGGGCCGGAUGGGGAGGGCAAGCGUAAGAAGAAGGAAGGCAAGAAGAAGGGUGGGGAUAAGGGUGACAAGGCCGGCGCUGUCGACGGCGGUGCGAUCGUUGCGAAUGGGAGCGAGAGCGCGCGCCCGUCGCUCGAUGUGCCGCGCACGGAGGUCACCGCGCCCAACGGUGCCACGUCGCCUGCGGAGCACGAUCAGUUCGGCUCAAGUGCGGCCGACGCACCCGAGCCGGACUCGAAUGCGAAGAAGAUCAGGAACUUGAACAAAAAGCUCAAGGCUAUCGACGAUCUCAAGGAAAAGGCGAAGCGCGGAGAGCGCCUGGAGGCGACGCAGCUCAAGAAGAUAGAGGGCGAGGAGAGCAUACGGAAGGAGCUUGCCGGGUUGGAUAUCACGCCUUCUUAGGUUCGCUCUUCUCUGCGAUUCCUCCCCGCUUUUCUUUUCGAUCCUCUAUUGUCUGUCUUUUCGUUCUUGUUUCCAUCUGAUCCUCAUACACACCGGACUCUAACCUUGUACCUCUCGGUUAUCGGUCUGCCAUCGUUCCUCGUGUCAAUUUGUCUCCCGUUUCUUGGUUUAGCUGUCGCAUUACUCCUGUCGUUGCCCACUUUACCGUACCCGCACCUGCACCUGUCUCUCCUCUCCUCGUUCUCUCCCUACCUACACGGUGUUUUACCUAAUCCAUACACGCACAACACGAUUCCGCGUGCGUUGAUCAGAG